GCUGGAGUGCAGUGGCGUGAUCUCGGCUCACUGCAACCUCCGCCUCCCGAGUUCAAGCGAUUCUUCUGCCUCAACCUGGUCUCGAUUCCUGACCUCGUGAUCUGCCUGCCUCGGCCUCCCAAAGUGCUGGGAUUACAGGCGUGAGCCAACGCGCCCAGCCUAUUUUAUUUAUUUAUUUAGAGACGGAGUUUCACUCUUUCACCCAGGCUGGAGUGGAGUGAAGUGGCGCAAUCUCGGCUCGCUGCAACCUCUGCCCUCCGGGUUCAAGCGAUUCUCCUGCUUCAGCCUCCUGAGUAGCUGGGAUUACAGGCGCGUGCCACCACGCCCGGCUAAUUUUUGUAUUUUUAGUAGAGACAGGGUUUCACCAUCUUGGCCAGGCUGGUCCCGAACUCUUGACCUCAGGUGAUCCACCCGCCUCGGCCUCCCAAAGUGGUAGGAUUACAGGCGUGAGCCACCGCGCCCGGCCCGAGAAUCAGCUUAUUUUAUGAGCUGUAGUAUUCAGAUGAAGUCGGGGUUAUUUCUAGUCUGUAGUCUCCCUCUAAAGUUGAGUGUCAUGGGCUGGGGUCUCCAUCAAGGGCCUGGAACCCAGCUUCUGUUCCUGCUCUAAGACAGAAGUUCAAACAUGAAAUAUGGUAUACUGGAGUCUUCUCUUGAAAUACAAGGAGGCUUUUAGGAAUUCCUUCUACGAAACGGAGCGCAAUUGCAGAAAUGGUGUCUGCUAGGCAUGGGAGAUCAGGGCGUACAGGACAAGACUCUGUGGACUCGCCCACUCUAAGCCACUAUCAGCCCGGGGACCUAUCGCCAACCGAGUCAAUUCGUCUAUGAUUGGUUUGCGGCAAGAGCCAAGAGGCUCACAGCCUAUUGAAUAACAGAGGGGGCGGACCUGAGGUGAGGUUGGGACCUACGGUGAAGAAUAGAGGGAAAAUGAUGGACAUAAAGUUGAGCCUAUGGAGUCAGGCCAAGGAGGACCGGGAAUCUAACUUCACCGAAAGGGCAUGGACUGGGUGUUUGGCUGGUUGCUAAGGAGAGGUUGGCGCUACCGGAACAUAAGAGUGAUUGGUGUUCUUCGUAUGGUGCGCUCCGCUGGAUCACGUGAGCCAGUUCCAAAAUGGCGGCAGGGGUGGCCGGGUGGGGGGUUGAGGCAGAGGAGUUCGAAGAUGCGCCUGAUGUGGAGCCGCUGGAGCCUACACUUAGCAACAUCAUCGAGCAGCGCAGCCUGAAGUGGAUCUUCGUCGGGGGCAAGGGUGGUGUGGGCAAGACCACCUGCAGCUGCAGCCUGGCAGUCCAGCUCUCCAAGGGGCGUGAGAGUGUUCUGAUCAUCUCCACAGACCCAGCACACAACAUCUCAGAUGCUUUUGACCAGAAGUUCUCAAAGGUGCCUACCAAGGUCAAAGGCUAUGACAACCUCUUUGCUAUGGAGAUUGACCCCAGCCUGGGCGUGGCGGAGCUGCCUGACGAGUUCUUCGAGGAGGACAACAUGCUGAGCAUGGGCAAGAAGAUGAUGCAGGAGGCCAUGAGCGCAUUUCCCGGCAUCGAUGAGGCCAUGAGCUAUGCCGAGGUCAUGAGGCUGGUGAAGGGCAUGAACUUCUCGGUGGUGGUAUUUGACACGGCACCCACGGGCCACACACUGAGGCUGCUCAACUUCCCCACCAUCGUGGAGCGGGGCCUGGGCCGGCUUAUGCAGAUCAAGAACCAGAUCAGUCCUUUCAUCUCACAGAUGUGCAACAUGCUGGGCCUGGGGGACAUGAACGCAGACCAGCUGGCCUCCAAGCUGGAGGAGACACUGCCCGUCAUCCGCUCAGUCAGCGAACAGUUCAAGGACCCUGAGCAGACAACUUUCAUCUGCGUAUGCAUUGCUGAGUUCCUGUCCCUGUAUGAGACAGAGAGGCUGAUCCAGGAGCUGGCCAAGUGCAAGAUUGACACACACAAUAUAAUUGUCAACCAGCUCGUCUUCCCCGACCCCGAGAAGCCCUGCAAGAUGUGUGAGGCCCGCCACAAGAUCCAGGCCAAGUAUCUGGACCAGAUGGAGGACCUGUAUGAAGACUUCCACAUCGUGAAGCUGCCGCUGUUACCCCAUGAGGUGCGGGGGGCAGACAAGGUCAACACCUUCUCGGCCCUCCUCCUGGAGCCCUACAAGCCCCCCAGUGCCCAGUAGCACAGCUGCCAGCCCCAACCGCUGCCAUUUCACACUCACCCUCCACCCUCCCCACCCCCUUGGGGCAGAGUUUGCACAAAGUCCCCCCCAUAAUACAGGGGGAGCCACUUGGGCAGGAGGCAGGGAGGGGUCCAUUCCCCCUGGUGGGGCUGCUGGGGAGCUGUAGUUGCCCCCUACCUCUCCCACCUCUUGCUCUUCAAUAAAAUGAUCUUAAACUGC